GUGGAUUAACCAGAAAAUGCUGAUCGUAUUUUAUUUACUGUUGAUGCUCAGAGUGGGGCGAUCCACAGAUGAUCUGAUCUUUGUGACAAAGACUGUUGGUGUUGGAGAUGAUGUGACUUUGACGUGUACCCGCGAGAAAUCGGAGUACAAAGCAACCUUGUUUUGGAUCAGGCUUGUUUCUGGAAACUUGCCUGAAAUUUUGGCAGGAACACUUGCCAUUGAUUUUAAUGAUAUUAAUAAGACUCUUCCUCGCUUUACAGCAAAACAAGAGCCUGGAACCUUUCUCCUGCAUAUUAGUACAACAAAGUUAAGCGAUACUGGAGUUUACUACUGUAUAAAAGUAAACCAACUUGACAUGAAAUUUGUGAUGGGAACAUUUCUAAGAAUUAAAGGACCAGAACCUGAUAUCACUGCCAUCAUUCAAGUCCCUCCAUCUGAUCCAGUCCGUCCAGGAGACUCAGUGACUCUGCAGUGUUCAGUCCUCUCUGACUCUGAGAACAAAACAUGUCCAGGAGCUCACAGUGUGUACUGGUUCAGAGCCGGAUCAGAUGAGUCUCAUCCCAGUGUCAUUUACGCUCAUGGAAACAGUGGUGAUGAAUGUGAGAAGAGUCUUGAGGCUCGCUCUCCACAGAAAUGUGUCUACAACUUCUCUAAGAAGGUCAGCUCCUCUGAUGCUGGGACUUAUUACUGUGCUGUGGCCACAUGUGGGGAGAUCUUAUUUGGAAAUGGAACAAAACUGGACAUUCAAGGAACCAGUCUUUGGUCACAGAAGGCCAAUGCACUUAUUUUUCUGCUGUGUGCUGUCUUGGCUAUAAGUCUGAUUGUUACGGCCUUCCUCAUUAACACCAUCAAGACAAACAAGUCUGAUUGUUGCAACGAUGCUGUUGCCCUUCAAAAAAAAAAAGUGGUGGUAAGAAAAGUCAACAGAGAUGAGGACACAUGGGUUUAUUCUGCUGUCGUCUUCACCGUGAUGAAAACUGACAGUGGUUCAAUAAAGGAUGGAAAAGCGGCAGAGAGAGAGAGGAUCUACGCUGCUGUCAAGGCUUUUGGGUUGGAUUAGUGAGUUAACAGGUCUGUUUGUCCAUAGGUUUAAAAGUAGUUGGAUUGAUUGUGUCUUUUUUGUUCAAAUGUACACACUUAAGAAAUACAUGACGGGGGGUGCCUCUGUGGCUUAGCAGUUAAGAUGCCAAACAUGAAGUGAAACAUCCCCAGUUCAAGUCUGGCCGGGGACCUUUGUUGCAUUUCUCUCCCGCAUUUCCUGUCAUCUCUCUACUGUCUGUAAUAAAAAUACUUUUUAAAAACAUGGCAAAGUAAUCAGGUUUUUCGAGCAGAAAUCUAUUAACUGUUAUUCUUCAGUCUGAAACCUGAAUAAAAAACUGUUAACAUGGACAUUGCUGAAAUCAGGUUUUUACCAUUAGUGGUGAGUGAUUGUGAAUAUUCAAUUUCAUUUGUGUCCCAAACUGUGAAUUUAUUUAUUUUUUAACCCUUAAAAAUAAAAGUCAAAAUUAUGUUGAUGGUUAGUUAAAUCCUUUAAAAGAAAAAACUACAUUACUGUAGUCAAAAUAAAAGACCAAAUAAGUAAAUCGGGAUACACAAAUCCAAUCCACUGAAUCAGUACAGGUGGAUCAAAUAUCAGAGAGGUUUACAGCUUUUAAAUGAGAGAAAAAUAUAUUGGAUCAGUACUCUUCAUCGGCCAGUACCCUGUAUUGAAACCGGUAUCCAGAAUAGUUUGAGAAUAUUUGAAAAUAGAGACCAGUAAGCCUUUUGCAAGUAAACGUCUUUAGAAUUUAUGCAUGUAGCUUUUUCUUUAUUGUUUUUGUUUUGUGACCACGCAAACUAUUUGUGAACAUGAUUUGUAACGAUAUCAAACUAUGUCAAUAAAAAACAGUUUUUCUGUGCCAUAGUGUUGCUAA